ACAAUAUUGAAAAUAAGUUAUCGGAUAUGAAAAACCUGAAAUUAACAAAACUCAACAAAACUCAUUGGACUAUAAAUGGAGUUAUGAGUAUACUUCGUGAUGAUAUCCCACGAUCAAGAUUGAAGGCAUCAAUUCGUGGCGCCACAAAAUGGGGCAAUGGAUAUCAAGAUUCGUCAUUGUUGCAAAUGAACAAUUUAAAAUUUUGCGAUAUGUGGGAUACUGAUACAGUAUUUAUAGGGCCUCUAAAGAAAAGUAUAAAUAUUACCAAUCUUCCUUGUCCUUAUCCACUGGGCCCAUUCGCUAUAAUAAAUUAUAUUCCUGAUACAAGCAAAUUGCCACCAUUUAUACCAGCAAAAGAGUGGAGAAUCGAUUACAUCGUUUAUGAUGAAGAUAAGAAAAAUAUAAAAAUAAAAGGUUUCGAAUCUUUUGAUAACAUUGAAAAUCGCUUGCAUGAUUUAAAAGAGUUGAAAUUAACAAAAGCUAACAAAACACAUUGGACUAUAAAUGGAGUUAUGACUAUACUUCGUGACGAUAUACCUCGUGAAAGAAUGAUGCUUUCAAUUCGUGGCGCCCAAAAAUGGGGCAAUGGAUACCAAGAAUCAUCAUUGUUUCAAAUAAACAAUAUCAAUUUAUGCAAUUAUUGGUAUAAUGAUAAAAUAUUUAUGCCAUCUUUAAGGAAAAGUUUUAAUUAUACCAAUCUUGGCUGUCCUUAUCCAGUGGGUACAUAUGCUAUAGUCAAUUAUGUUCCUGAUACAAGAACAGUCCCACCAUAUGUCCCAGGAAAAUAUUGGAGAUUUGAUUACAUUAUUUGGGAUUUAGAUAAGAAAGUGUCUCAAGAUAGAAUAUACUUAGAAUUUAUGCCUGAAAAAUCAUAG